AUGCAGACUUACGCAAAGCUACUUUCCUUUACCAGCCUUCUGGCUCUGGUGAGCGGACACGCUCAGAUCCUGUCUGCCGUUGGCGAGUCGGGUACCGCUGUGGGCUUUGAUGUUGAUACCUCCUUGGCGAGAAACUGCACAACCAUCAACCCGUGCCAGCUGGACGCUACCAUUAUCCGCGACGCCGAGAUCAAUGCCAACAUUGUCGGCGUCUGCGGACGGACAGAGCAAAACGCCAAUAUUGAUGUCGCCCAACGCGAGGAGGAUGCCAUCAGCGCCAACGCCGUGACGCAGAUCCAGGCCGGCACCAAGGUUGCCGUCACCUUGCACCAGGUCAACGCCGACGGUGCCGGUCCUUUUGCCUGUGACCUCGUCUCGGCCGACAACGGUGUCAUUGCCAGCAACCUGACGGUUGAGAACAACGUUCCUGGCGCCAACGGCUUUUCCCAGGCCAAGGCUGUUGACUUUAACAUGACGGUCAUCAUGCCCGACACCAUCACUGGCUGCACUGACUCUACUCAGGGCAAUGUCUGCGCCGUCCGCUGCCGCAACAACGCACAAGCUGGUCCAUUCGGUGGCUGCUUCGCCGUCCAGAACACCGACGCCGCUGCCACAGCUUCCAGCGGUAGCAACAGCAAGAGCAGCAAGAGCGCAAGCGCCAAGAGCUCAAAGAACAGCAACAACAACAAGAAACGAUCGAUGAGAUUCUUCAGCUAG